GAGAGAGAGAGAGAGUGUUCAUUCUCCCCAACUUCAAUUCAAAUCACCCCAAUGUACAUAUAGCAAACAGAUAUUAGUACUCAUUCUUGACAACUUAUUUCGAUCCGAGGAGCGAAAAGGAAUCGGCAAUCAGAUUCAGAGGUGAAUGGCGAUGGCGAGGGGAAGCGCUGGCCUCGCUUACCCGGAACGAUUUCAUGCUGCUGCUGCGUAUGCAGGUUUUGAUGGAUCUCCCUCCGACUCUUCUAGCUCUAAGUUCUCCAACGACAUCGCUUUGCUCCUCUUUGGCCUUUACCAGCAGGCAAUUGUAGGACCUUGUAAGAUUCCUAAGCCUAGAAGUUGGAGUCCAGUAGAACAAAGCAAAUGGACCAGCUGGAAUGGACUUGGUAACAUGGCUUCCACUGAGGCAAUGCGUCUCUUCGUCAAAAUAUUAGAGGAAGAAGAUCCAGGUUGGUAUUCCAGGGCCUCAAAUUUUGUAUCAGAGCCUGUAAUUGACGGAGAUAUGAAUCAUAAUCCAAAAGCUGAGCCAAUUAUUGAAAAUGGAAAUGCUUUUCCUGAGACAAAAACUAUUCCUACUGAAAAUGGGAACUUGUCAGAUGCUCGGGAUAAAGAUGUUGUAUCAGAAAGUUUUGGUGCAGUUAGUGUAUAUGAUCAAUGGGUUUCACCUACAGUAUCUAGUCCACGACCGAAAGCUCGAUAUGAGGUAUUCUUCCAUUGUAGUUUUUCUCUUCCUUUGGUUGCUGGACAUUCAACUUUUAUGGAUUGGGGGUCAAUGCAGGCUUUGGACUUGAAGAGUUGGACAUGGUCUAGAGUUGAAGUUAACACAGCUGGUGGUGAGGCUUCCCCUGCACCAGUAGCUCCUUUGGCUGGUCACUCCCUGGUACCAUGGGAAGGAACUAAGCUCAUAUCAAUUGGUGGACAUAUGAGAAAUCCUUCUGAAAAUGUGCAAGUGAUGGUGUUUGAUCUGCAAAUGCGUACUUGGUCGACCUUGAAGACAUAUGGAAAGACACCGGUUUCCCGUGGAGGUCAUUCAGUAACGCUUGUAGGAACAAGCUUAGUAAUAUUUGGUGGACAAGAUGCAGGUCGAUCUCUCUUGAAUGAUCUACACAUUCUAAACUUAGAAACCAUGGCCUGGGAUGAAGUGGACACGCUGGGAAUUCCUCCUUCUCCAAGGUCAGAUCAUGCUGCCACGAUACAUGCAGAGCGCUACCUUCUAGUUUUUGGUGGGGGCUCGCACACUGCUUGCUUCAAUGAUCUGCAUGUUCUUGAUCUGCAAACUAUGGAGUGGUCAAGGCCUACUCAACAGGGUGAAAUACCAAGUCCACGUGCCGGCCAUGCUGGUGUAACUGUUGGAGAGAAUUGGUUUAUUGUUGGGGGAGGCAACAACAAGAGCGGGGUCUCUGAAACUGUUGUGCUCAACAUGUCUACUUUGGCUUGGUCAGUUGUAACAACUGUUCAAGGACAUGUUGCUCUUGCCACUGAGGGCUUGUGCUUGGUCUUAUGUUCAUAUAAUGGUGAAGAUAUCGUAGUUUCAUUUGGAGGAUACAAUGGGCGAUACAAUAAUGAGGUCAGCGUACUAAAACCAAGCCACAAGUCAACCUUGCAAUCAAAAGUGAUUGAGACUCCUGCAGAUAGUGUUUCAGCAGUGCACAAUGCGACUAAUGCCACUAAUGCCACAAGAGAUAUGGAAUCAGAGUAUGGAAUGGGCCAAGAAGGCAAAAUAAGGGAAAUUGUGAUGGACAACAUUGAGUCCGAGCCAACGGUGAAUAAAGUUGAAGAAACUAGUGAAUGUCUUUUAGCAGCUCUCAAAGCUGUGAAGGAAGAAGUAGAGUCAUCUCUCAGCAAAGAGAAGUUGCAGACUCUCCAGCUGAAGCAAGACUUGAUAUAUGCCGAGACUCACAACAGUGACCUUUACAAGGAACUCCAAUCUGUACGAGGUCAACUUGCUGCUGAACAGUCGAGGUGUUUCAAACUUGAGAUCAGGAGCUGAGACACGGCAGAAGUUGCGGGUUCCAAUAUACCCUUCUUACUUAUCUCUGCCCACAUGCACUUGCAAACAUACACAUACAAAGAUCUUUUAAAAGUUGAACUCAGAGACUACUCGCUAUUAUCAAACUAUAGCUACAAUGCACUGAGAAGAGCAAAGUUUUCAAGACAAAGGCCUGAUUUAUCUUAAUUUGCUGAAGUGGAAGAAGGUAGUACGUUAUAACCUCAUUUGACAGGUUGAUGUUGCGGAGCUAAGACAAAAGCUACAAAGAAUGGAAACAUUACAAAAAGAAGUUGAGCUCCUGAGACGACAGAAGGCUGCUUCUGAGCAAGCCUUGAGCGCAAAACAAAGGCAGAGGUCUGGUGGAGUGUGGGGAUGGCUUGCUCCUCCUCCUCCUAGUCAACGAGAUGAUGCAUGAUAGAAAACUUCGAUGCACAACUCACACUGAUGUUUAUCGGUUAUUCUUUUAAUCAAAUUGUUAUUAUAAGCUGUUCUUUCACAGAUAGAAUAAGAUAGAGUCAGAAUACUUUUAGGUGGAGAGGGAUAUAGUUGUGUGUGAUGGCUGGUGGGAUUUUUGUUGUAUAAUUACCAAGAACAGUUAGUGCCGGUUAAUUUUCUACUGAGAGUUUCGACAGAACCUCCACUUCCAGAAGAUAGAAGUUUUGGAUGCGAAAGUAUAGGAAGUUUUUUUACUGCUGGUUCGAAUACCGUUUGACUGUAAUGCCUAACCUCUUUAAUGUAAUUGACAUUGUGUUGUGACCAUAUUUAUACAUUAUACAAGCCGAGUCAAGGCAGAAUAGGAUACACGUAAA